AUGCGCCUCCAGGAGAACCUCUACCUUUGUGCGGCGGGUUUGACAUUCACAUCGCAGCCUACACCCUCACGUGCGACUGACAUUUAGUUCCCCCCCCACCCCCUCAGUAGUAAUUUUUUUUUUUUAGCUUACGUCAGUUUCAUUUUGAGAGAAAACUAUUCACAGGACAAGGUUUUCGAUCUGAAAACUGACCUCUCGAAACAGGCAUUUUUUCCCCCUCUUGAACGAUCCCCUGUGGGAGGAUUUGCUUUCACUGUACCGAUUUCUUUUAUUUUGAAACCAGCCGGUGUCAAUUGAUGAUUUUAUCGAAGAUGGUACGGGAAACGCCGGACAAACUCGCUUGAUUUUUGGUAAACUGUGUCCUCAGUUGUGUUUAUUGGAGGCUCGAAAGCAUCUUCAGGCAGACUACAGGGAGCAGAGGAGGCUGUUUGACUGUCUACAGGCUGUUAUACGGUGGGCAGCAGUAACCAGCAGCCAUGCUGUCGCUGGACGAGCCGCUGGACUUGAAGCUUCCCUCCGGACGGACAGACGGUCCAGUGAGAUUAGGAAAGAGGGCUUGUCCUUCCUCUAUCUGUGCCCCUCUUAGCACCACACGACCACGCCUGCUAUGUACAACCUUUCCUUCACCACCCUCCUCCCCAGAUUCCCAGUCUUCCCCUCAUGAACGACCCGGGUCCUGCUUCACUCCUCCGGCUAUGGACCUCAGCCUGUCCCCGUCCUCCCGCCACGCCUCGUCCCUCUCCCCGUCGCCUUCCUCCCCCUCCUCCCCCUCCCCUUCUUCACCCCUGGAGUCGCCUCACAGCAGCAGCAGCCCUCAGCCACAUCUAUUCUCGCGGGAAGCAGCUCGUCAUUCAGGUGUGGAGGGCGGAGCUUCACCGCACGGUUAUCCGUUUUACCUGCCGAUUGGAAGCCCACCGAGGGGCUACAGCUUUCCCUCCAUGUUCAUCGGUCAGAACAGAGAGAAGCAAGUCUCACCAGAGCCCUCGCUGGAUGGUCAGCUGGCCUGCCGCUGGAUGAAGUGCCACCUGCUGUUCGACUCGCUGCAGGACUUGGUGGAUCACAUCAACGACUUCCACGUCAAACCUGAAAAGGAUUCCGGGUAUUGCUGCCACUGGGAGGGCUGUGCUCGAAACGGAAGGGGCUUCAAUGCCAGAUAUAAAAUGCUGAUUCACAUCCGCACACACACCAAUGAGAAGCCGCACCAUUGUCCCACCUGUAACAAGAGCUUCUCACGUCUGGAGAACCUGAAGAUACACACUCGCUCACACACAGGAGAAAAACCCUACAUCUGCCCUUAUGAAGGCUGCAGCAAACGUUACUCCAACUCCAGCGACCGCUUCAAACACACCCGCACCCACUACGUUGACAAGCCUUACUACUGCAAGAUGGCAGGCUGUCUGAAGCGCUACACAGAUCCCAGCUCGCUACGCAAGCACAUCAAGGCCCACGGGCACUUUGUCGCCCAGGAGCAAGGUGCUCCGGGCAGGCUGGGGUCAGGGCUGGGCCUGCCCGGGCACCAGAGCGCUGCUGAGCUGCCCUCUGUAGGCGGAGCCCACAUCAUCAUACCCGGGGCUGCCGCAGCUCUCCUUGGGGGUCUCGGGACCUCUUUGCCUCUCUCUGCUUUCUGCCACGCCAGAGCCCUGGGCCACCAUGGGGCACCACUCUUCUCUGUCGGAGGCAGUAGCAUGGGGCCGCUCGGCCUCUCGGACUCCCCUCUGUUACACUUCGGACUCUCAGCUGCUUCGAUGUUAGGGCUGGGAGCUCUGGGAGGUCUGGGGCGGAUGGCGGGGAAGGAAACAGAAGGCGAAGAAGAAGAGGAGGAAGGCGAGGAGGGGGAGGUGCUGAACCUGUCUGCAGGGGUGGGGCCCAGGCGUAGUGACCCUUUGUCCUGGGUGGUUGUUCCGCCAAGGGCGCUCCUCCUCAAACCAGCUGUUGUCAGCUAGGAUGUGCACUCAGCAAUUCAAAAAGAACCAGGGAGUGUGUGUUUGUGGUUUUCUGUGUCUGUGUUUGUGUGCGUGUCAUGACAUACAGAACGUGACUGCAGAGAGUGUUUGUGUGCAUGUGAGUGAUCAAAGGUCCCCGUCAUCUGCAGAGCCAUAAAAACGCAUUUCAUUCAUUCCAGCACAGAAACAACUGAAGACAGAAAGAAAGACUGAAAAGAAGAGAAGUCUUUGUGUUGAGUGCGCAAAACCCCAGCACGAGCCUGGAGUGUCACCAUGCAUGUUUCAGCUGUCUCACAGUGUAAAGGGUAACUUCACCCAAACUACUAAAUAUGUGUAAUAUAGAUGCAUCUAGCCAUGCAGAGAUUUUAUCUGCUGAGAUUUUGAAAUAUCCCUCUCAGGUGUCAGCCAAAAACUUAGUUGAAAAUGGAUGUAUUGGAUGUAUCAAUUACUUUCAGAUGGAUUGCCAUGAGAUUUUGUACAGUCACAGAUGAUCCCCGGAGAAUGAAUCCUACUGACGUUGGUGAUCCGCUGACUUUUUAUCCAGAGCCAUCAUCAGGUCAACAUUUUCAUUUCUCCUAUUUAGUGACAAUUACUAAGUGUUAGCAUGCUAACACGCUAAUCGAAGAUAGUUAACAAGGUAAACAUUACACCUGUAACCAUCACCAUCUUGGCACGGUCGCAGUGAGCAUGUACAACACACUGAUGUUAGCAUUUAGCUCCAAGCGUCGUGUUGUGACCCUUUAAAAUGACAUUGCGUUCAACUCCAACAAAUCAGGGUGGUGGCAGAUGUUCUAGAGGCAGGUAUCUCGAAAACACACGACAGAAAACAACAUCCACCUGUAUGGCUUGAUACCACACACGUGAGAAAGUAUGUGUUAUUUGGGUGAACCGAUCCUUUAAUAUUCCUUGAUUCCCCCACACCCUCCUCCCGUUCAUCUCCACCCUGACCUCAUGGUCAAUAAGCGUUUUCCAGCGGACAAUCACCUGUAUAAGAUGAACUAAACCAGGUCAUAAGAAAAGAGCAGGUGCACUAAUAAUGUUGCAGUUGAUAUGUUUGACAACCCCCACUCACUGCUGCCACACACCCAUGUACCCAUGUGUUUAUUCCUAGAUAAAAAAUAGAAAAGCAGGAUUAUGGGGCGCAAUGGGAAACACAGUCCAUACACAAUAAUUGAAUGUAAAAUUAAUUAGAAUGUGUUUUAUUACUACAUUAAAUGAGUUAAAUUUUAAAAUAAGAUAGCAAUCAUUAGAAAAUUUGACACAGACUCCCAUAAAAUGACGGCUGACAUUAAAAUAAAAACAUUUGAGGUUAUUUUAAUUCAUCUUCACGUGUUUGAGAAGAUCAUUUUUAGUUUUUGCCGUAGUCAUCUACUCACAGAAUGGAUUCAAACUCUUCACAGUCUGAGUGAACGUUGUAUUGUUUUAAAAAUUUCUGUGGAAUAGAUCUGGUGCAACAGGUGACAUGUGCAAUAUGUAAACUUUGAUGUCCCCUUACUUUAUCGUCGCUCCCGAGCCCAGAGCAAACAAGAUUAUUGAACACCUUUCAGGAAACCAAACCUCAUGACGUAGUAAUCUCUGAUUUAUUAGUCAUAAAGCGAUCUCAGUGUGCAUUUGUCGUAUCUCAGAGACACUUUGAGGCAUAAUUUGUUUUGGGACAAUCACGGCACUACGAUGUGUGAAGAAAGAUUACAAUCCACACAGAGCUACCUGUUUGACCAUGUGAUUUUCAAGUCGCAAGAAGAUAAAAAAAACAAAAAAAAAAACGUGUUGACGUAACUGAAUGUAGGUUUGAGGUUAACUCUGUAUGCUUGCAGUUUAUCUUAGCUAAUUGUCUGCUCUACUUAUCACUCCAAGACAAUGAUCUCAACAGGAUCAGCCCUGCCUUUUAAACAAGACCAGCUGAGGAACACAUUCAACCAGGAACAAAGUAGACAAGGGUGUGUAUUAGGCAGUAAUGGGUACACAUUUGCUUUACAUGAAUGUUAAAACACGAAAAGGUACACAAGAAGAAGCCAAACAGCGGUUUCAGAACAGUCUCUCAAGUACUUUCAAAGGGGAAAUGUUUGACAAUGGCCACAUGUGGCCUGUAUCUUUGUUUGUUGUAUCUUGUACUCUUGUUUGCACAUUGAUUUUAUCCUAAUCAGUAUUUCAAAGGUGUCCAAGUGCCUUGUGUUUCAACUGAAAUAUAUCACACAGUAUAUUAAAAAUAUUUACGCAAAUGUAAAGUGUAUAAAUGUUUUUUUUUCAUUACAUUUUAGAAAACUGAAUUUUAAUAACUUGACAACAGAUGUGAUUUGUACAUCAGGGCCACUGCAACACUUUCUAAGAAUGUCGCCAGUGUUAAUGACUAUGACAAUGACUAGUAUGUCAAUAAACACAAACGGAUGAAAGAAAAUCUACCUUCAAUA